AUGGCCACAUACUGCGACGGACUGGGCGCCUGCUCGAGCCCGCACGGCCAGGCCAGGGUCGCCGCCGCGCACCCUCCUGGUUAUGCGCGCGGUAACCUGGGAACCGCAGGCGGUGGCCCGCGCCUGUGGGUGAAUGCACCGGCGCUCGGCCCCGCGCUCAGCCCUGCGCCCUACGCGUCGGGCCCUGGGCCCGCACCGCCGUACGCCGGCCCCGGCUAUGCAGCCCCAAGUCCGCUCCUCGGUGCUUCGAGCGGCCUGGCGGGGGCCGACCUCGCGUGGCUGAGCCUCUCCGGCCAACAGGAGCUACUCAGACUGGUGCGGCCGCCCUACUCCUACUCAGCGCUCAUCGCCAUGGCCAUCCAGAGUGCGCCACUGCGGAAGCUGACGCUCAGCCAGAUCUACCAGUACGUGGCCAGCAACUUCCCUUUCUACAAACGCAGCAAGGCGGGCUGGCAGAACUCCAUCCGCCACAACCUGUCGCUCAACGACUGCUUCAAGAAGGUGCCCCGCGACGAGAACGACCCAGGCAAAGGCAAUUACUGGACCCUGGACCCAAACUGCGAGAAGAUGUUCGACAAUGGAAACUUCCGAAGGAAGAGGAAGAGGAGAGGGGAGGCCGGAGCCGCCGCACCCUCAGGAGCCAGGAGCCCAGGGGGAGCCGCGGUGCGGGCGCUGGAGCCCCAGGGCCCGACCUCCCCCGACCUGCAGGCCUCGCCCUCCCCGCCCGCGCCCGACGCUGCCGCCUGUUUCUCCAGCUUCUCCUCCGCCAUGAGCGCGCUGGCCGGCAGCCUUGGCGCCUUCCCCGGGGGCCUGGCGGGCGACCUUCCCUUCGGGAGGCUAACGACGGUCGCUGCCCAGAGUCCCCAGACCCCCGGCCCCACGCCGGGCUUCGCCUCUGGCCCUCAGACGACGGCCUCCGGCUUUCGCGUCAGUCACCUUGUGUACAGCCGGGAGGGGACUGAAAUUUGA